AUGGCGUCCGAUGAAAUUGUAUGGCAGGUCAUCAACCAGCAAUUUUGUGCCUUUAAACUCAAAACAACAAAGGGUCAAAAUUUCUGUCGCAAUGAAUACAACGUUACCGGCUUGUGCAAUAGGCAAAGCUGCCCAUUGGCAAAUUCUCGUUAUGCCACGGUUCGGUCAGAUCCUGAGACCGGCACCAUGUAUCUUUACAUGAAGACUAUCGAACGUGCCCACAUGCCCAGCAAGUUAUGGGAGCGGAUCAAGUUAUCUUCCAAUUACGCCAAGGCUCUUGGGCAGAUUGAUGAGCGAUUGAUUUACUGGCCAAAAUUCCUUACGCAUAAGUGCAAACAGCGUCUGACGCGCUUGACGCAAGUUGCUAUUCGGAUGAAAAAACUUGCCAAGGACGAAGAGCGACUGGGAGAGCGAGUCGUCCCCAAGUUGGCACCAAAGAUCAGACGGCGAGAGGAAACUCGCGAGCGGAAAGCGGAAUCUGCUGCUAAGAUUGAGCGUGCCAUUGAGCGAGAGCUGAUUGACCGGCUGAGAAGCGGCGCCUACGGUGACCAACCGCUCAAUGUGGAUGAAAGUAUAUGGAAGAAGGUUCUACGGGGACUGGAAAGACAGGGAGAAGGCGAAAGAGAUGAAGAUCUUGACGAAGGCGAGCAGUAUGACGAAGAGGAGGAGGAAGGUGUCGGCGAGGUCGAAUACGUCAGCGACUUGGACGAGGACGAGGAUCUCGAGGACAUUGAAGACUGGCUCGGUAGCGAAUCUGCUGGUUCAAGCGAUGAAGAAGAUGACGACGAUGAAGACGACGAGAGCGACGAAGAAGGCAGUGAACAAUCUGCUGGCGAGGAUCGAAAGCCAGCUCCUGGAUCCAAGCGCAAGCGAGCGGCACCGCCUCCCAAACCUCGCAAGAAAGGUGCUCGCGUGGAGAUCGAGUACGAAACAGAAGGCCCUGGCACCGAGAGUGUUUUGGCAUGA